CUGACAGGAGGUGUCAUGGAAUCUGGACUCGACUCUCAAUGAUUAUAAAAUCAUUGUGAUAUUUAUUGUGACUCUGGUGCAAUUAGUUAAAAUUUCGAACUUUCUCGAUGGAAUGAGAGGAAAAAAAUCACCAUGAACGACAGUAGUAUUCCAAUAGUUGAGCCUACGGUAGAUUACACAAAGGUGCCACCGAUUCAUCAAAAACGUACUGUAUCAUUUAUAAAUCAUUUUGUAGUGAAUACAGUCUCGUUUUUGAAUAAAUUCGCGUUAAAUUGCGAAGAACGACUUUUUGAAUUUGAAAAUAAACUUCAGAGGGUAGAAGCUGCUCUGGUAAUUCUUGAAUCUCGACUCGCAUCAAUACCAGGUCUGGACUCGAAUCUCCUUGAAAAACCAGAUGAACUGAAAACCUGUGAUCCUAAGAAUAUUGAGACUGACAGUAAACCACAGACAGUAGAACCAGAAAAUCGAGAAGUUCCAGUGGACAUUGAUGAGCCAGAUAAAAUAAUCGAAGAAGCAAAAAUACAAGCGGAGCCAGAAGUGCCAUCCCCAGAACUUCAAUCGAUAAAUAAACACCCACUCUAUGAAAAAUACUUCAAACUGGUGAACCUCGGUGUUCCAAAGCCAGCUGUGAAGUUGAAGAUGACUCAGGAAGGCCUCGAUCCAUCUCUCCUCGAUGAUCCCCAACGACAAGUACCCAAAGCUGUACCAGACGCACCUCAAACCGAAUAAAUCAAUCACUUGUGUAUUUUUUUACUCAAUGAAAUUAAUAAAUAAUGAACAGAUAUUUAUAAA